CGACCUUGUUGCUUGGAAACAGAAGGCGCGUUGACAUUCGAUCUGAAUCCGGGAACGGAAUCUGUGUCGCCAUCACUGGAUUCGAAUCACCAAGAAGAACACAGAUACACCAAGAUGCACCAGGAAACCGUGGAUUUGAAUCACCACACGGUACAACAAGAUGGGCUACUCAGUGGGGAGCGCGAACAAGUGGUCAGUCCACCAGAGCCAGACGGCUACAAAGCUUUGGUCCACGUGCAACAAAGCAAACUUUUCCUCGAAGCGCCAUUUUUUUAUGAUGUCGAAAGAAAACUAACAUCCAAUCGCAUCACGAGAAAAAACACGAGCUUCUGAAAGACAGACUUAAGAACGAAUCAUCUUGAUCUUCGUGGGAAAUAUCAUGCGCGAAAAAAUAUCAUACCAUGCCUAUAAAUAUAUAUAGCUCAAAAAACAUAGAAGGUUAUAAAUAAUGUCGAGCUUUUUAUAAAUGCCUGGACUUCGAGGAUGCUCAAGUACUCCAUGAGCCGGUGUGUGUGAAUG